AUACACAUAUAUAUGUUUCUCUUUGUCUUUUUUCUUCUAAAUGCAUUCCAUUCGUCGUCUCUUUUCCGCAACUUUGCGGAAUCGAGCGGUAAAAUCGGAGGGGCAGGGCUAUAAGCUAUAUAUUAUCUAUUCGUUAUCUAUUCGUAGAAUAUAGGGGUGAUUUAAAAACUCGGACUUGAUUCCUCGAAGAGGAGAUAUUUGUGGGCACUUUUUAUCAAACGCUGCGUGCGCGCGCGUGUUUAUGUGCGUGUGGAUAUGACAGAUGCCGUAAUGGUUCCUUGAUAGCGUGGGCGUAUAUAUGUGAUAUAUGUGCGUGAUAUUUUGUGUUUUCUCCCGAGUACCGGCUCGUGCGAUCUUCCUUUGAAAUAAUAAUAAAUCCUCUCCGGAUUCGCCCGCUUACUGAUUCUGAUACGUGUCAUUCGCAGUAGCUUCUAUUUUUUUUCUACUUUGACAGAUCCAUGUAUAGAUGAACAUGUACUGCAUCAUGCAAUAAUAUUUUUCUUCAAUCUGUCAAACGCUCUCGACGUAAUAAUUCUUAUUAAUUAUGGAAGAUUCUACAGAAGCGCAAAAGUGGCAGCAACAUCUAUCCCUGUUGCGAGAGCAAUAUGUCAAUUUGUACAAUGCAAACAUAGAAUUGCAAAAGGAGUAUGCUAUCAUUACAGCUGAGAAGCAAGAAGGUGGAUUUGUCAGUAGGCUUCUGGCAACUAUAGCAUCUUUAUAUUGUCAACAUCGUUACAGUGAUAUAAAUAUAAAACUGAUUGAUCAAGAAAUACCAGCACAUAAAUUUGUAUUGUCUGCCAGAACUGAUUUCUUCAAUGAUGCAGCCCUUGUUGAAAAGACUGUUUUAGAUUGGAGCAAUUUAAAUAGCAGUGUUGCAUUAGUGUUGUUAAAAUGGAUUUAUACUGGCAAGGUGUCUCAAGAAGAUCUAACAUUGGACUUGAUGAAAGCAGCAGCUGGCUUUCAUUUGUCAGAAAUGGUAGAUCAAUGCGAAAGAUAUCUAAUUGGGACAGUGGGAUUGAAGGAUUGUGUGGGAUUAUAUUCAGCAGCUGAGGAAUUGGGUACCUUAAAGUUAAAGGAGCAUUGCAGUUCUUUAAUUUCAGCACAUUGGGAAGAUUUAACGGGCGAAGAUUUCAAAGAGAUGCCAGGUUCUCUGUUAUAUAAGUUGUUGCAAACUAAGAGCAAAUAUCCUUUACAUGCAGCCGUACGCUUGAUGCGCGAAGACGUCGUGUUUCUAUACUUAGUGGAAAAUAACGCCGAGCUUCCAAAAGCAGUCAAUGCUGUAGAUCACAAAGGAGAAACAGCUCUAGAAGUUGCCCUGAAAAGUCGUCAACCAUCUUUGGCCCGUACUUUGGUUGAACAUGGAGCGAAUCUGAGUGCGAAGGAUGCAAGGGGUCUUUCUCUCCUUCAUUCAGCAAUUUUGAAAGGAGAUUCUUACUCAUCUGAAUUUAUAAUCGAACAACUGGAAAACAACGGCAAUGUGCAAAAGUUAUGUGAGCCUGUAAAUAUUAUUGAGAGUGCGAAAAAUACAGCCGAUCUUAAGCAACUGGAAGGCUGUACUGCCUUGCAUCUAGUAGCGAAGCAUAAUACAGAAAGCAUGUUAGCAGUUGGAUCAAGAUUGCUUCAAGCAGGAAUUGAUCCAAAUUUACAAGAUCAUAGAGGAUGGACUGCGCUUCAUAGCUGUAUCUCGGAGAGAAACGAUAUGCUGUUUGAUUUGUUACUCGAGGCAAAAUGUAUAGAUAUAGAUGAAACCACCAACGAAGAUGACACACCAUUAUGUUUCGCGAUGAAGACGGAUCCCUUCAACGAAUACUUUGCGUCUAAAUUAUUAACUAAAGGCGCUAUACCGAAUCCAAUUUAUAACACCACUGGGGAUACGUUGCUUCACGUCUUGACGCGAGAAUGUAGAGAAGGGGCGGCGCUAUUUUUAGUGGAAUAUUGUAAGAAUAACUUAACAAAAACCAACAACGAAGGUUUCACGAUAUUACAUGAAGUGUGCAAGGUCGGCUUAAAAGAUUUGUCUCGGGCAUUUAAAAAUGGAUUUCCAACCGAUGUCGUUACCUUUUCUACUGGUGACACACCGAUUCAUUUCGCUAUCUCGAAUCUAUAUGCAGAUAUAGUCAAUGAAUUAUUAGAUUUAUCUAACUCUAAUGAGCAAUUGACUAUUAAAAAUAAAGCGAACGAGACGCCUCUGAGCCUAGCUAUAAAGGCACCGUUUAAAAAAGGCAAAGAUAUCGUACUAGCUCUGAUAAAAGCUGGGGCUGAUGUAAAUGAGCGUAACAAGGAAGGUCUGACAUUGUUACAUAAGGCAAUAUUGAAGGAAGAUUCAGCUACCGCUAUAUUUCUGCUGGAAAAUGGUGCUGACAUGAAUGCAAAAACAGCCAAUGGAGAUACGCCGCUACAACUGUGCGUACAUUGUAGACUAGGCGAAGUAGUGGAAGCUCUUUGUAGACGAGGUGUAGACACUUCAAUAGGAUGCCCAUUAUGGGAUGCUCUAGACUCAGAUCAGGAAGAUACCGCGUCAAUCUUGGUUAAAUACGGAGCUGAUACUGAUUGUUGGGGUUCUGGACCCGAUGGUUGUCAGCAAACGCUGCUACACAGAGCGAUCGAUGAUAAUAAGGAAGAUAUAGCACAAUUUCUGAUCAGAAGUGGAUGUGAUUUGAAUGCUCCGAGACGACUUGGGCCAGACGGUGCCGGCGGAGAUGAGGCGAGAGAUGAGUGUACGCCGUUACAUUUGUGUUGCCAAUGGGGAUUGGAGCAAGUUGUGCAAACGCUCAUCGAACACGGAGCCGACGUGAACGCCCGCGAUGCGGAGGGAAAGACUCCUGUACACGUAGCGAUACAGAAUCAGCAUUCGCAGCUGAUCUCUCUUCUGCUGUGUCACCCGAAUAUAGAUCUGAACAAGAGGGAUAAGAGAGGACUUACGCCAUUCGCGACCGCUCUGACUGUCCGUAACAACAAAGCUGCGCAAGCGAUAUUAGAGAGAUUACCAAAGGCCGCCGAACAAUACGAUAAUAAGGGCAGAAACUUCUUACAUACUGCUAUCCAGAAGGGUGACAUGGAGAGCAUUCUGUUUUUAUUAUCGAUACAAGUAGACGUAAAUUCAAGAAUACAUGACGUUACACAAACGCCUCCGCUGCAUCUUGCCGCGAUGUCAGGAAACGAGAUGUUGGUGCGAAGUUUGAUAUUAGCAGGCGCUCGUGUUAAUGAUACCGAUGCAAAUAGGAACACCGCACUGCAUGUGGCAGCUAAAGCGGGACAUGCUCCUGUUGUCUCCGCGUUAUUGCAAAAUAAUAUUAAUUUCGACGCGGUAAAUGCGGACGGCGAUAACGCGUUGCACGUAGCUGUAAGAGAAGGUCAUGUGUCAGUGGUCAGGACGUUACUGACCGAGUGUACGCUGGACGCGGAAGCUGUGAAUCUCAAAGGCCGUAAUCCUCUACACGAGUUAGCUAGAUGCGCGAGGGACAAUGCUGCAACGAUAUGCGAACUAUUUUUAGAAUGCAUGUCACAAUAUCCAGUCAAUAACGCAGACUUAGAUGGAAACACACCAUUGUUGAUUGCAUACAUGAAGGGUAAUGGCAAUCUUUGUAGAACAUUAGUAAAAGCCGGAGCAUGCUUAGGUUCGAUGAAUAAAGAUGGAAUUACAAUCUUCAAUUAUCAAGUAGCAACGAAACAACUAUUAUAUAGACUAUUAGAUUCUCUAACGCAAGAAGCGCCAUGGUCUGAUAAAGAUUGCUGCUUAGAAUGCGGAACAAAAUUCUCUCUCACAAUGCGCAAGCAUCAUUGUCGGCAUUGUGGACGAAUUUUAUGCAGCAAGUGUUCAGGUCAGGAUGUACCGAUCUUGAAAUUUGGUUUAAACAAGCCAGUACGUGUAUGCAACAUAUGUUUUGACGUAUUGCUGGGUACUGGUUCUCUUCAACCUUCAUAUACUUUUUGCGGAUCCACCAAUUCUUCAUCGUCGGCCUUCACCACCGGCAAAUGCUUGGAGGCGAUGAACGGCAUGGAGAGACAUGGUCACGGACAUGGACAUUCACACGCGCACUCGCAUCGUCAUCGUCAUUCCCAUGGCGGUUCUCAGAGCACGUCGCAAAACUCGAGUCAGCCUGCCUCGAAGCAUAGCCACGGUAGCAGUCACGUAACACACUCGCAGAAGGACACAGCUGCGCCGCAAGUGACUCCAAAGCAGAGAAAUUACAAGUUACUCGUCGACCCGUUCUUAGUUAAAGGAGCAACAAAAUUAUGUAGAUACGAUGGAACUGUUCCAGGAGACCCGACGUAUCCGCAGGUCCAACCUCGUGAUCCCAGAUCGCAAUUGACGAGGAUCUGGACCAGGCUUGAACAACUCGAUCUACCUGUACCUAGAUUUAAAAUCGAUUCGAAUUACUGCGGAGAGCCGCCCCCGCUAGAAGUAACGUUUUGCCAUUUAAAUGAUAAUAUCGAUAAGACAUUUUUGACAAACAUGGUUCAGAAAUUUGGAUCUAUAGAGGAACUUAUUAUUUAUUAUCAUCCAAUGACUAAUAAACACCUUGGUAUAGCAAGAGUAGUGUUUGAAUCAACCAAGGCGUCGAAGGCAUGUGUGGAAAAGUUGAAUAAUACAUCUGUGAUGGGAAAAGUGUUGAGGGUUUUUCUGGAUUCCUUCGGGGAGGAGUGCAAGAAGAUGUUUGAGGAGUUGACUACGGAAAAGAAACCGGAGAAGAAGAUAGAGAAAGAGGUGGUAAAGCCUGAGAUUGAGCAAGAAAAACAUCAAACACCUGUGGAGAAGGUUUUACUCGAGGAGAGGGAAGACUUUAGAAGUAGUAAAAAAGCUAUUCUACCUGUAGAGAAGAACAGAGAGCCGUAUGUAGAAAAUUCGAGGUAUAACAAAUACAGGGAUUAUCCUACACCAAGCGGCAGUACAGGCAGUGAUUUGGGUUAUGGAACUGCGCCCAGUGAACUGAAUUAUUCUAAUAAUUAUUCUCAAAACUCUACUCCUGCCGCGAAUUAUGAUUUUUUCUAUGGCAGUUAUCAUCAUCAACCUCCAAGUAGCUAUUUAACUAGCAUACCGCAAAAUGUACCAUCGCAGAAUAUACCGGUUCAACAAAAUUCAAAUGUCUGGUGGAGUAACAACUCUGGAACAACGGGAUAUACACCUUCAGCGCCCGUUUGGCCGAUUCAACCGCACGCGACCAAUUUGGACAGUGUUAAUUCUAAUAUAACACAGAUUAGUAGUAAUAAGACUUCCAAUGCAAAACUACAUCAUACUCCUAAAAAGGAAAAGGAGAAUCAGGUUACGACGAAAAGUGCGCCGCGUGAUUCUCCCGACGAAACUCGCAAGACAUUAGAUUUAGAUACAAGAAUUGCUAUGUUAUUAAAGGACAAAGCGGGUGGAAUGGCACCUCCGUUUUUACAAUUUGGCAGCGACUCGGAAGAUGACAAGAAGUCUUUGCAAGGCGACGGUGAAAUGUUGUCCGAGCCACCUAGUCCCUUUCUGUCGCAUGAAAUUUAUAAGCAAUGUUUUGAAAAAAUGGUAGAAAGAAAUAAGGAAAGAAGAAAAGCUCAUGAGAAUAGCAUUAGUCAGUUUUCUGUGGACGAAGAUUUGGGUAGUGUUAUAAGUUCCAGUGAAGACGAAGCGUUAUUAGGAAGUUAUAGUCCAGCACCUGAUGACAAUGAACCAGAACCACCUAAAGAACCACCUCCACCUCCUCCACCUGACGACGACAGAAUGUCUCUGAGUCCUUUGAGUUCAGGAGAUGAAAAGAUUGAAGAAGUAGCACAAACAGAGCCUUCGAGUCAACUGUAUCCAACUGGUUAUCCAGGAAAUUUAACUCAUUAUCCUAAUGAUGUUUAUAAUUGGCCGCGACCGGCGCAAUAUCCUUAUCCUUAUGGAGCAACUUACUUGCAAAGCCAUUUUCAACCUACUACAGCGUCUUUCUCGGCAACAGUCGGAAAUCAUCAAGGGGCAAAUUAUUAUUCUUCGUUUCAGUCGCGGUUGCACGCUAUGGCAAAUUAUAACAUCACAAAAGAUCCACAGGGUCCUACUAUCAAUAGUGUACUGAGCAAAGUAGUGAAUGAAUUGAAGCAAAUUCUAAAAAAGGACUUUAAUAAGAAGAUGAUAGAAAAUACAGCGUUCAAAUUAUUCGAAGUUUGGUGGGAUGAAAAGAAGUCUGAGAAAAGUCAAACUCACGGUGGCAGCGAGAAUGCUAUUGUCAAUAACACGGCGAAAGAAGACGUAAAAACUCAAGGAUUAUCAUCUUUAUUAGAGCAAGCAACACCAUUAGGACUCAAUUACGAUGGAUUUGGUUUGGGUAUUAGAGCUAGUAUGCCAAAGAUGCCUUCGUUCAGGCGCAAGAUCAAAGCUCCAAGUCCAUUACCGCAGGAUGAGGAUAGCCGACAAUCGGGUCAUGCUGAUAUGGAAACGAUCGAAAGCGACAGUGAUUUGGAUACAUCAUCGGCACAAAAAACGAAGAAAGCGAUGGUUUCUUUGCCGAGUGUCUCUUCUUCGACAUCGUCUUCGUCCUCGUCUCUCGAAAGCAGUAGUGAAGAAAUCAGUUCCAGUGAAUCUUCCGAUAGUUCAAAUGAAAGUUCCGAUGAAGAAGCUGGCUUUGAGGAUGAGCAAGACACAGAUAGCCGCAUGUCUGAUCACAGACCACUGGCUUGUAAUAGUGAGGAUCCUGAUAUAUUGAUGGAAUUCGCAAUUCAAAAGUCAUUGGAUUGUCCCACGCCGACUGGUAGAGAAACGCCAGUACCAGAUAUCAAAAUUAAAGAUCAAAAUUCCAACGAAUUCCCGCAGAUCGACAAUGACAAUCUCAUUAGCUCAUUAUCUUCUCCUGUGAGAUACGAGAGCAUCAAGGCAGAGGAGACAAUUUCCGAGAAAUUGCCUGCCACGGAAGAAAAGCCAUUCGUCGAUGUGUGUGGAACUUUGGACAAGGAAUCGAAGGAUGUGCCAAGGAUUACUGAGGAGAAAGAAAUACAGAUUGAAUCGAAACCUGCAUCAGUGAUAACGCUAGUAAAGGAAGAAACAUUACCAGAUAUACAAAAGAUGGAGAACUCGGCUGCAGAAGCCUUGAUGACUUUAGCUGGGCGCGAUAAUAUUAUACGUCAUAGGAGUCCGGGUUCUAUACAACCUAAUAUUAUCAGAGCCCUGCAGACGAUGUCGGCGAAAUACAUAAAUGACGAACCUAUUUUAAAGGAGAACGAAAAGAUCGAGAUGUUCAGCGAAAUUCCCACAACGGAUUCAGAAGAAGAAAGCUUAGAAAUCAGAAGAUUAAGGUAUCAAGCAGAGGCGGAUCUUCGAUUAAAUGGGCAGCAGACACCAAGUUCGCCUGGUUCUCAGGCUUCGCAAGUGUAUAUGGAACAUUCGUAUUCAUUGCCACCUGCGCAACCGGAGCCCCUGGAAUCGAUGAUACGUCUACCGUCAACUUCGGUGAAAGUGAAACAUCCGAAGAUUGUCAAAUUAUCGAAAUCAAAGGACAAGACUCAUAAAGUGGAGAAGCAAAAAUCCAAGAAAUAUACAAAAGUGCAUAAUAGUCAUCAGAAUCACGAGGGAGAAAAAGAGAAUAUCCAGAAUGAUUAUAUAUAUGACAAGUUACCUAAGCCGAUUGUAGAAUCGAAAGUCACGUACAAAGAGCGAGAUCUCAUAUCCGAAAUGGCUAUUUUGUACGAGUUUUUAACAAGGGGUAUAGAUGCAGAAGAUGCAGAAUACUUGAGAAGGAGUUACGAAGCUCUAUUAGCGGAUGAUACUCAAGGUUACUGGUUGAAUGAUACGCAUUGGGUUGAUCAUCCACCGACAGAUAUACCGAGUCCUGCGAAAAAGAGGAAACGAGACGAACUUCGAUUACAUGCGAGUGGAAGUGCUAGAACGGAAGGAUAUUACAAAGUCGAUGUCAGAGAAAAGGCUAAACACAAACAUCACUAUGCUCAAAGCAUACAACGCAGUAAUGAUGUGGAGGACAGUACCGCCGGUUCUUAUAUUGGAGGAGAUAGCGUUAUGAACGGUCCAAAGAAUAAUUCGAAAGCAUUGACUGGUAAAAUGCAGGCACUGUCGCGUGAGGCAAGAAGCAAUCAACGACGAUUACUGACAGCUUUUGGAAUUGAUACGGAUAGUGAUCUUCUUAAAUUUAAUCAAUUAAAGUUCCGCAAAAAACAAUUAAAGUUUGCCAAAUCUGGUAUUCACGAUUGGGGCUUGUUUGCUAUGGAACCAAUCGCGGCCGAUGAAAUGGUUAUCGAGUAUGUAGGACAAAUGGUUAGACCAGUUGUCGCCGACUUGCGGGAAGCCCAAUAUGAAGCUACCGGAAUCGGUAGUUCUUACCUCUUCCGCAUCGAUUUAGAUACAAUUAUCGAUGCGACAAAGUGUGGCAAUUUGGCAAGGUUCAUAAAUCACAGUUGCAAUCCAAAUUGUUAUGCAAAAGUGAUCACGAUUGAAAGCCAAAAGAAGAUUGUAAUCUACAGUAAGCAGCCAAUAGGAGUUAAUGAAGAAAUUACAUACGAUUAUAAAUUCCCAUUGGAGGAUGACAAAAUCCCUUGCCUUUGUGGAGCUCCUCAGUGUCGGGGUACCCUCAACUGAAUUGUUUAUUCUUUUCUCUGUCUUCUACACUUCAUCGCGUCCUACUCAUAUUUUUGUAAAUACUUUCCCAUGUAAACAUUUUAUAAAAUGCAAUGGAAAAAAUACUAAAUUAUGUUAAGAUCCGUUCUUCCUACUUUAUUAUUAUGAGAGCCCUUUGAAAACCAGUGUGUGAAUUUUAAUACUUGGAAAACAUACGAGAACAAAUAUAUGAACCAUCACACACAU